AAAAAAACGCACCUCCUUCCCAACUGUUUUUUCCGCUAUGUGGCGCCAUCUCUGGCGUUUCCUGGUUAUUGCGGCCUGCGUUGCGGAAGACUAUGCGCUGCAUGAGUGCCACGAUGUAGCGCCCCAGCGCAACUCCAUCUGCGUCAUGGUACAGUUUGGAAACACUUCGGGCAGCUCCGGCAUCGCCAGUAUCGCCUGCAUGGCGGAAGAACACCAGGAAAACCGCGCAGCGGCGCCCCCGUGGCUGUCCAUGACGUCGUUGUCGGCCGUGAAUUGUGACAAGUCAAAAUCCUGCAGAUUCAUCAUCCAGAACGGUGACUCAGACUCAGAUCUGAUUCAACCUGCUACGCGCUACGACGUUUUCUGCGUGGAUUGGAAAAGUAACUAUCCCUUCACCGUAUUUCCAGCAUGCAAUGGGAAAGGCUCUUGCGGCCUCAAUGUGAAGACGACCAAUGCCGGUGGCGGACGCAAUCACCAAGUCUUUGGUGUGGAAGAUUUCAUGUGCGUCUUGCUGUUGCUGGCAUACAUCGGCUGGAGCUAUGUCUUCGAAAAGUGUCACGUCCUCCACGAGACGGGUGCGGCGGUGCUGGUUGGCCUGGUCGCGGGAUAUAUGAUGCAGAUCUUCUACGGCAGAGCGGCAUCAUUUAGCUAUGAGAUGUUCAGCUACAUCCUUCUUCCGAUGGUCAUCUUCGCCGCGGGCUUCAACCUGGAUAAGCAUCGCUUCUUUCGUUUCGGUGGCUACAUUGCUGCUUUGGGAAUCACUGGCACAGUUUUAAUCUUCCUCUUGAUCUUCUUUGGUUCAGAAUUCUUUACGAUUCGUCCGUCAAAUGGUACUCCGUUUCAACUGCCAGCCCAGAGUCGUUUGGUUUUAGCUUCCGUCUUGGCCUCCACUGAUACUGUUGCGCCAAUGGCAUUCAUCACUGCCUCAGAUUUCCCACAGCUGUACGCAGUCGUCUUUGGUGAAGGCGUUCUGAAUGACGUGGUUUCCAUUUUGCUGAGUACCUCCGUGGAAGAUGCAACGACCUUGCCACCCAUGUGGCAACUGCUAGGUCGACUUUUGGUGGUUUUCAGCUGCUCCUCUGCCAUGGGAAUUGCCUUCGGUUUAUCCAUCUCCCUGCUCUUCAAGCGUGCCAAAGUUUUGCACAAAGAAGUCUUGAAGCCUGUCGUGCUCCUAUUGGGUUGCGACUAUGCUUGCUACAUCCUGACUGAAGUCUGUGAGUUUUCCUCCAUCUUCGCCCUUUUCGUCUCCUCAGUGCUCAGUGGACACUACGCCAUGCACGGGAUGUCCCUGGAAGCACAGAGCUUCGCCAGUGAGUUGGCAGAACUCAUGGCGUACACCGCCGAGAGCAUCGUCUUUGGCUAUUUUGGCCUGACGGCCGUGGCCUAUACUUCACAGGCAAAUUCUGUGGGCUUUGAGUUCCGACUCAUCUUUUACUACAUCGUUUGCAUCGUUUGUGCCCGCGUCGUGUCGAUUUCUUUGUUGGCUUUGGCGAUGCGACUGCUGAAAUGUGGGCAGCAGCUGGCCUUGAGCCGCAAAGAGUUGUGUAUGGUCUGCAUGGCCGGCUGCAUGCGUGGCACCAUCGCCUAUGCCCUGAUCCUACGCGCCGUGCCGCCGGAGGAUGAACAGAGCCAUGUGGAUCGGAUUAUGGUGACCACCGUGUUGGGCAUCGUGUUGGUGAACUGCUUGGUCUUUGGCGGCCUCUUUCCAGUCGUGAUGCGCUUCCUCCAGCUGGAACCGAGACCCCAAGGCUCGGAGUCGCCUGAGGGCAGUACCUUGAGCCGCCAACUGCGCCAAAGACUGGCGGGGCGAUGGCAGCGCUUCGAUGAGAGCUACUUGAUGCCACUCUUCCGUCCCGGUUGGCAGCGAAACGUGUCCGAAACGUCGUCCCUGCCAAGCCUUUCCGUCGACGGACCGGGCCACGUGGGUCUGGAACGUUUCCAUCGCAGCGACGGUGCUCCCCAGUGAUUCCCAGCCUCGAUCUAUGGGUAUUUUAUGAGGCUUUCCGGUUUUGGUCAUGGGGCGUACCCGG